UCCAGUGUUGCUCCUGCCAGGAAAGAAGAUUUUUAAAAACCACAGCGAGAUGUGUGACCAGCAGAAGCAACCACAGUUCCUUCCAUCUUGUGUGAAGGGUUCUGGAAUGGGAGUGGGGCAAGGUAGUGAUGGUGCCUCUGGAAAAGGCCAGGUUUCAGGGCAGAUCCAAACUGUUGAUGCUUCAGGGCCCGCUCCCUGCCAGCCUCAAACCAUUGUGAGAUACUCAGCUCCAGUUCCUGCUCAAACUUAUGUGAAAUACCAAGUUCCGUGCCAGACCAAAACCUACGUGAAAUGCCCAACUCCCUGCCAGACAUACGUGAAAUGUCCAGCCCCAUGCCAGACAACUUAUGUGAAAUGUCCAGCCCCAUGCCAGACGACUUAUGUGAAAUGUCCAGCCCCAUGCCAGACAACCUACAUGAAAUGCCCAGCCCCAUACGUGAAAUGUCCAGCUCCAUGUCAGACAACUACUGUAAAGUGCCCAGCCCCGUGCCAGACGACUUCUGUCAAAUGUCCAGCUCCCUGCCAGGCUCAGACGUAUUAUGUCCAGUACCAGGCUCCUGGCCAGACUUAUUAUACUCAGGCUUCUUCAAGUGGCUCGGGAUCACAGGGCUGUGUUCCUGACCCAUGCUCUGCCCCCUGUUCCACCAGCUACUGCUAUUUGGCUCCCCGGACCUUUGGGGUGAGUCCUCUGAGACGCUGGGUCCAGCGGCCUCAAGGAUGGAACACAGGAUCUUCUAGCUGCUGUGAGGAUUCUGGGUGCUGCAGCUCUGGAGGCUGCGGAGGCUGUGGCUCUGGGGACUGUGGAGGUUGCGGCUGUGGCUGUGGCUCUGGGUGCUGCUGUUUGGGAAUUAUUCCCAUGAGGUCCAGAGGUCCUGCAUGCUGUGAUCAUGAGGAUGAUUGUUGCUGUUAAACACGAAAGAAAUGUCCUGCUUCCAAAAUGUCCCUCCUGCUCUGUCUUCUGGAAUUACCCAAACUUAACAACGGCUUCCCUAGUUCUUUUACCAAGGCAUCCUGCCAUAGUUAGCACAACCCCCAAACUGUGGCAAGAAUAAA